AUGAGGAUGGUUCAGAGCAUGAAAGAGCAAGGCUCAAAGUGUGACUCAACCAUUAAGACUCUGAGGGAUUCAAAGCAGGCUCGCUUCUUCUCAACUUCUACACCUCCCUUCAAAACCCACAACAAUGACAAACUCAAAAAGGCUGAAGAGUCUCUCAGGACUGUCAUAGAGGGUCAACGAGGACGUUUACUAUGUAUUGGUGGAGACCAUGGUGGUGAUUAUAGAGUGAAUGGUUUUGGUUUGGGAGUUGAGUUGGAAGUCAUGGCGAUAGGUGAAGAAAGGCCACAAUCAAAAUCACAAUCGGAAGGGAAAGUGUGGAAUUUGUUGAAGCUUCCCUUUCUUCACUCAACUGCUUCAACCUCCAAUUCCGUUUCGUCCCUUGCUAGAUCGCUCCUCCCCACACGACGUCGUCUCAAGCUCGAUCCUUCCAAGAAGCUCUACUUCCCUUAUGAACCGGGCAAGCAGGCUAAGAGUGCCAUCAGGAUAAAGAACACCAGCAAAUCCAAUGUAGCUUUCAAAUUUGUCGAGCAUCCGCAGAAUAAUGAGAAGCCAGAAAAAACUGGCUUCAAAUUUAGAAUCAUGAGCUUGAAGGUCAAAGGAUCAAUUGAUUAUGUCCCUGAAAUGUUUGAUGAGCUGAAGGAUCAAGUAACAGUGAAGCAGAUUUUGCAGGUUGUUUUCCUGGAUCCAGAGCGUAGUAGUCCUGCUUUGGAAAAAAUGAGGCUCCAGCUAGCCGAGGCUAAUGCUGCAGUUGCGACACGUAAGAGAGCCCCAGAAGAUGCAGGCCCUAAGAUUCUCGGGGAAGGGCUUGUCAUAGAUGAAUGGAAAGAGAGGAGGGAAAGAUACCUGGCAAAGCAACAGAGUGAAAUGGUAAUGGACUCCAUAUAG